AUGGAGACCGAGCUCCAUAACUUCGUCUUCGUCUGGAUCUCCGUCGUCGCCGCCCUCAUCUACUGCCGCUAUAUCUCCAUCCUCCUCCCCGUUGGACCGAAGAGGCUCUUCUUCUUCCUCCCGCUCCUCCUCCUCGCUUAUGGCAAAGGCCCUUUAGUGCCGCCGCCAACAUCGUCCCCUCUUUCUCUUCAGCUUUUUGUCACGACCGCGUCGCUUCCGAUCAAGAUCAGCCCUUCCGCCGAGAGCCCAACUUCCAAGAAUGGCGGUGGCGGGGGCCUGAAGUCGCCGGCGAACUACGUCGCGAAAUGUCUAUUGCUGGUUUCGCUCUUUCCGCUCUACCGGCGGAAUGAUUAUGUGCACGAGAAAGUCAUGAUGUUGGCGUACUCCGUCCACGUGUAUAUCGUGCUCGAGGUGGCUCUGGCGGUAAUUGGUGUAGCGGCUGCCCGGCUGAUCGGCAUGGCAGUGGAGCCGCAGUUCGACGAGCCGUACCUCGCCACAUCGCUGCAGGACUUCUGGGGCCGCCGAUGGAACCUCAUGGCGACGAGCAUCCUGCGGCCGAGCGUCUAUGAACCCAUUCGGUUGGCUUCGGGCCGCCUCGUGGGAAGGCAGUGGGCUGCUCUGCCCGCUGUGCUCGCCACGUUCGCAGUGUCCGCCCUCAUGCACGAGCUGAUUUUCUACUAUAUCGGGAGAAAGGAGCCCACAUGGGUGGUCACGUGGUUCUUCCUCCUCCACGGGGUCGCCGUGGCAGCAGAGGUCGCGGCCAAGAAGGCGCUGCAUGGCAUGAGGUGGCGGCUGCCGGCAGAGGUGUCAAGGGUGUUGACGGUGGGGUUCGUGGUGGUGACAGGCUUCUGGCUAUUUCUGCCGCCCUUGCUGCGGUACGACACGGUGGCUAAGGCGAGGAGGGAGACCAUUGCUGUUAUUGAGUUUGUGAAAUGUCCUUGGAGCUUAUUGAGAUUUAGCUCAUUUACCGUUAUAAGUGGUCUCUCCUCAUUGUAUCCAGAUUAG